AUGUGGACUUCUUGCUGGAAUAUCUGUGUCAUUGCGCUGCUACUUCCUCUUGGUGUGAUAGCAUCGCCAAUCCCUAAACGAUCCCUUCAAACUCCGACCGAUUUCGAAGUCAUUAUUAUUGGAGGCGGCCCUGCGGGACUGAGUGCCUUGAGCGGUCUCGCUCGCGUGCGAAGAACAGCCCUGCUCAUCGAUUCAGGUGAAUAUCGCAAUGGUGCAACCCGACAUGCACACGAUAUCAUCGGCAGUGAUGGUGUCACACCAGCAUACUUCCGAGCCGCAGCACGCGACCAAAUCUCCUUAUACCCGACUGUUUCCAUGCAAAAUGGCACCAUAGUUGACAUACAGAAGAUCAACGACACGAGCUUCAUGGUGACCGAUGCUACUGGGAAAGCAUACACGAGCCAGAAAAUCGUGCUCGCCACUGGGAUCAAAGACCUCGUCCCUACAACACCAGGCUUGCCGGAGAACUGGUCCAAAGGCAUCUACUGGUGUCCAUGGUGCGAUGGAUACGAGCAUCGUGACCAACCAAUGGGCCUGCUUUCAACCAUAGAUCAGAUUCCUGGUAUGGUGGAAGAGAUUUCGACCUUGAACAAUGAUCUCAUCGCUUUCGUCAAUGGAUCUAUGACUCCAGCGGUUCUGCAGGCCUUGGGCGCCAAACAGCCCGACUGGGAGCAAAUGCUCGCAACAUAUAACGUGCAGGUAGAUAAUCGGACAAUCACCGCCAUCGAGCGUACACAGGAUGGUGCGGUGGUGGCUUCCGCCGUUGACAAGGCCGAAUACGACAAAUUCAUUAUCCACCUAGACGACGGCACGGCCGUGGAGCGAGGGGUGUUCUUCACUUCUUUCCCACACACCCAGCGAUCGGGCCUCGGCGCAGCCCUUGGGGUUACGAUAGUCGAUGGAAAAUUGUUUUCCAACUUCACAACGGGGAUGCGCACGAACCUUCCCGGCGUAUAUGCCGUUGGCGAUGCCAAUUCGGAUGGCAGUACGAAUGUGCCGCAUGCUAUGUGGAGUGGGAAGCGCGCUGCGGUGGAUAUACAUAGUGAGUUCUUUUCCAAUGCCGGGAGCCUACGGCGCCCUGUCAGGAUCUACGGGUGGUGA